CAUCAUAUUCCCUAGCUCUUUGCUGAAUCGCUAGUAUCCAUCAACUUUUGCCUGGCUUUUCAAAAGAAUUCGAGACGAUUCUCUCUAGCUCUCUCUCUAUGUGUGUGUGUGUCUGAAGGACUUUGGCAAAGAUCAGCAUCUUAGACGGACGUGAUCCCCCGAGCACGAUUCUUUUUCAAUGUCAUUGCUGAUUAAAAAAAGGCGGGAUUAUUCCAGUUUUUUAUUGUGACACGUUCUGACUUCUGAGACGCGCUCAGAAAACCCAAACGAGUUCAUGUCGGCUCCUAGAGGAAGCCACUUUCGUCGGUUGUUGUAAUCGGUUCUAAAGUCGAACAGUAGAUGGCGUUCGUCAGCUGUUAUUCAGAUCGGCCUGAGGGGGAAACGGGGUUGGGGUAGAGCCUCUCAUUCUGGCCAGCCCUACCCACUAGCCAGACCAAAGUCUCCAUUUCUGUGUGUUCCACACGGUGGCCGACAUUGUCUGGCAGCCCAAACCGUCGUUCACAUUAGUGUGUUUGAUUCCCAAUUUCCCUCGUGAAAUUGCUCGUUGCAAAUACGGAUAUUCGUUUGUGUGUGUGCAAGAGAAAAUCCGAUCAGAACGUCAUUCACGCGCAUAGUCAGUACCAGUGGUGAUGUCGUACAAUGUCUUUCAGUUGGUCUUCUACGUCUUCUCUUUAAGACUGGAGAGAGCGUGAACGUAUCCAGUGAACUCGGGUGUGUAUGGGUAAAAGAGGACGGCGUGACUACUGCGCGCCACACCGAUGGAACGGGAACUUUGUUGCGACUUUUUUAACGUACAGUUCCAGAUGACGUGGGUGACUGCAGACGCUAACUUCCAUCUGUGCUUCUGCUGUUGGCCGAUUAAUUCUUUCGUCUAAUAAACUGGAAAAAGGAGAAAAAUUGACACAGUGCACGUUCGAUCGACAGUCGUGAAAAUUGUGAUUUUAAAUCUAAUCGACAUCUUACCAGCAGACGUCAUUUGUUUGUCGAUCGAUUUCAAUGAGCCGGCAGGAGAAUCAGACUGAAGUAGCCUGAAGGCCCCGGCCGAUGAAAUUAACGACUCGUGUCUUCGUCCUACCGUGUCCCCUUCUACUGGAAGAAGAAGAGGAAAAUAAAAUAAAAACCCUGGUUGAUGUUGUUACUUGGUAACGUUCUUUGCUGCCAGUUGCGAUGGAUCAGCUCGUGUUUGAACGACUUUAAGUUCCCCCCAACCGACUUUGUGUGUGUGUUCUGUGUUCAAACCGUUGAUAGUGAUAUUUUGGAGUAGCAACUGUGGUUUGUUUUUGGCUCUGCAAAUUAAAGCUUUUACAAUGGAGAGACUUUACAGCGACAGCGGCAGCAGCGACUCGUCAUCUUAUCCCGAUUUUCGUUACAACUCAUCGUCCCCAGUAGUAAUGGACGGAGGUGGCGCCGGUGGUAGUUCCGGUCGGAAUGGAGGAGUCAAGUACUGCGGCGUCUGCGGCGACAUCGCCAAGAGUUACCAUUUCGGCGGAUUGUCGUGCGAUUCGUGCAAGGCCUUCUUCCGGCGCUCGGUGCAAAACGACAACUACCUCCACUUCCAGUGCUGUCACCGCGGCCAGUGCGUCAUUUCCCUGUCGAACCGCAAGAGCUGCCAGUACUGCCGCAUGAAGCGAUGCUUUGCCAUCGGCAUGGAGAAGAGCUGGGUCAUGACCGAGGAGGAGCGCAAGGCUCUCAUGAAGGCCAGGGCCGAGAAGAAAUCGUGCAAAAGGUCGCCUACCGUGUCAACUAGCUCCAAUGCGAGUGCUCAAAAUUUAAAUACUUCGUCCAACUCGAGCGGAGGAGAUCAGAGUCCUGGAUUCGCUGCUCCUACUGCCCCCACCAGCGCCGCAAUUGCCAGUGCUGACUACGAGCCUCAGAUCGAGCGAAUGAUCGAUUUUAUGGCUCCGCUCGAAAUCAAAGAAAUCGAAUCGAUCGUCACUAAAUACAUGCACGCUUACCAACACGUUCCCUACCGCUCGGAACUGCGUUUCUUCGAUAGCGACCGUCCCGGUGUCCAGGUUAUGGAGAUGUUUGGGACCCUGAUACGCCGAUUUGCGUUUUUCUCCCGACUGAUGGCCGACUUCUCGAGUUUACCUUUCCAGGAUCAGAGCUGUCUGCUGAAAGGUGGCGUCCUGGAAAUGUGUCUGCUGCGUGGGGCCCUCGUAUUUGACCCUCAGACCAACCGUUGGCCCACUGCCAACAUGUCCAUGUACAAGGACAUGCCCGUCCUCAAGCUGGAUAACAUUGUUCACUUGACUUCAAGUCGCCUCUUUCAAAUGCAUCUCGAUUUCAUUUCGUGCAUCCGGCAGAUGUCGGUCGACGAGCCCACCAUCAUGCUAUUGAUCUUGAUUGUCCUCUUCACUCCCGAGAGGGCAGGUCUCAUUCACACGGACUGGAUCGAGAAAUUCCAAUCGUACUACACUUCGCUGCUGGAACACUAUUUGAAUUGGCGCUUCGGUUUGGCCAAAGCCAAAUUCAUUUUUGGCAAAAUGCUGACCAAGCUGAGCGAUUUGAGGGAGCUCAGCGAUACCCACAAUCACGCCAACCUGCGAUUAGGCACUGACGAAGUCUCAUCGAUCCAGAGCCAGUUGAACAGCUUGAAGCUCAAUCCAUACCCUGAAUUGAAAGUGGUUCACGACGGUAACGAAACACCAUUGGACGUUGGUGAUCAACCAUCGUUUCACGAUGGAACCAGCCACAGUCCAACUUUGAAUGCCAAAGUAAUUUCCAGUCGCUUAUCGGACGUGGAAUUGGGCGGGUCUUCGACUUAUCAACAGCCAGCGCAUUCGCCACCUUUUCCACCAUCAGCAAACCCUUACGCUCAACGACAGCCGCCGCAAUUAGACGCAGCCACGAUGGCCUAUCAGCAGCAGCAGCAGCCACGUUGUCAGAACGGUGAAACGAACGGAUUUAACGCUCAACAGCUGCAGCAACAACAACACCAGGCUCAGCAAUUUUUAGCUCAAUCCCAGCAGCAGAUUCCGGCGAACCACCCCCAAGAAUAUCAGAAUGGAAUGAAUCAACAGCAGCAGCAGCCCCCUGGCACGAAUAUGGCCAUGCAGUUUAUGCAGGCCAUGCAGCAAUCGGUCAGUCAGGUAGCGAAUGCUCCUCAUUUCGGCUACGAAUGGGUCAAGCCCAAUUACCAGUUUGAUCCUCUGUCGACGUUUUACGACGGGGAACAAUCCUUGAGCGACAAGACGAUGCCACUGCUCAAGAGUUCCCCAGUGUCGGAGAGUCCGCCGUUGACAGACAGGGAAUUGGAUGAGCUUUACGAAGUGAUAGACGAGUACACCGACAAGGACUCGGUUCAAGGACGGAUCCUUCAGGCCCCCACCAGCCACGUGUAUUCCGAAUAAAGAAAAACAAAAAUCCCCUCCUCAUCAGCCCUAUAGGAAUUGAAUGGAAAAGAAGAAAUGUCUUUGUCGUUUGUCUACAUAUUUUAGAGCAUUUGGCAUUGGGUUAGGCGCAACCCCUCGCCCCCCCCCCCCCCCUAUAGUCUCACCUUCUUUGAUAUCUACACAUCCUGUUUACUGGUUAUGAAAAAAAAUUCUGUUUUUCCUUCCUUUCGGUUCGGUAGCUCUCUCUCUCUCUCUUUAUUCUGUGUCGUUUAAAAAAGAAAAAUCAAAUCUUCUGUGCAAUGAUAAACAAGAAAUCAACAUUUAAUGACUGGGCCCCUCUCUGUGUCGUUUCGGACAAAAGUUUUCUUUCCUGACGAAUGGAAAACAAAACGGGAAAACGAAUUGCAAAUGCCGGGUAUACUACACAGCCACUGAGCUUUUUUCUUUAAAUGUGAUUGAUUGUUUCUUACCUGAUGUCUUAAAAAAACAAAAACAAUUCUGUCCCCCACUAUACAAAACAAAAAAAGUCGAAAAAAAAUUUCUGCUCACGAUACCUCGUCUCCGGGAGGAAUUAAAAAAACAAAAAACAGACAUAAACCAAACAGCGAAAAAGUUAAAAAAAAAAAAUAAAAAAAAAAAAUAAAAAUUUCCCCAAGAAACCUUAUUACAAAUUAUUGAUUAUCGUGUGUUUGUUUUGUGAUUUCAUGCACCUCCGUGUGUAAUACCUCUUAUUGUUUGUGUGCCUCUUUGUUGACAUCUUGUGUAUAUGUCUAUACAUAUACACGAGGCAAAAAAAUAUCUAUCAUCUACCAUUCUGUUUGUUCACUCAAUACUUAUAAUAUCGUUAUGCUUCAUCUGUUUAGAAAAGGAGAUAAAAAAAAACAAAUCAGCAAACAAAUGAGAAAUACAUACAGUAAUUAUACUCAA